UCAGCGCUCUCCGAGAUAUGAGAUCAGGCUAUUUCCCAGUCGAUCGCCCUCUCGAUUAAAGAAGUAAAUCAGAAAAAAAACAGCGGGGAAAGAACGAAGGAAAUACAGCCACAUUUUUUGGAGAGGUCGCCCAGAAAAGAGCAUACAUAGCGCCUUUCUGCUGGCGGAUCAGUCGGAGUCACCGGUGCGUGCACAGGAUUUCUGCGUGCGCGCGCGUGUGAGUGAGUGCGUGCGUGUUGGCGCGCGCGCGUGUGUGUAUGUGUGUGUGUUUACAAGUGUUUGAACGAGUGCCAGAAACGAGGGAAGAAAGGAGGAUAAAGCCAAGGAAGGAGGGAUGGUGGACAACUCAGGCAGCAGUAAGGCACAAAUGCCCAGCAUGUCUCAAGAGCCUGGUGUGGCUUUUCCUCAGAGCACCUCUUCAGGGGGGAUGAAGCUGGAGGCAGUGAUGGAGCAGCUCCAGCGCCAGCAGCAGGCGCGACUGGAAAUGGAGCGCAAGGAGAGGAAGCUGCGAGAAGCCCACAUCAUGUAUGCUCAGCAGGUCGCUGCUCAACAAGCUAUCCUGGCGGCUGCCCGGGCCUCUGGAGCAAGCUUCAUGGGUAAAGGCCUGGCUGGAGGAGUCCCUGGUGGCGGGUUGCCUCCCCGGGUGUCCAAUCAGAGCAGUGUGGACUCGGAAAGAGAGGAUGACGAGGACAGAGGUCGGGAUUCUGGGGACAAUGAUGACGACAAUGAGAUGAUGGAGGGGGAUGAGGGCAGUGACGACGAGGAGGGAAGUGCCAGCGGUCUGGAGUUCCUCCGCAAGCAGACCCUUGCUUUGCAGCAGAGCGCCUCACGCAUCCCGCCCCGUCCGUUUGGCAGUUAUUCUGCGUCGGCCCCCCAGAGGGCUGCAUCGCCACCUAUCAGAGUGAAGCAGGAACCUGACGAGGGCCUGUCUCCAGCGGGGCCUCAUUCUGCUACCUCUCCUAACGGACAGGCCGACUGGGGCUUUGAUGAUCACUUCAGACAGAAUGGAAGUGCAGGCUGGGCGGAUGAGGCUGACAGUAGCAGAGGAAGAGGAGAGGCUUCCAGAGACUUCGCUAAAUUGUACGAGUUGGACAAUGACCCCAAAAGGAAGGAGUUUUUGGAUGACCUCUUCACCUUCAUGCAGAAAAGAGGAACCCCAGUCAAUCGUAUCCCCAUCAUGGCCAAGCAGGUCCUGGAUCUGUACAUGCUGUACAAGCUGGUGACAGAGAAGGGAGGCCUGGUGGAGGUCAUCAACAAGAAGAUCUGGAGAGAAAUCACAAAGGGACUCAACCUGCCAACCUCCAUCACCAGUGCAGCUUUCACCCUGCGCACACAGUACAUGAAAUACCUGUACCCAUAUGAGUGCGAGAGGAAAGGCCUCAGCUCCCCAGGUGAGCUUCAGGCCGCCAUCGACAGUAACCGACGUGAGGGUCGUCGUCCAAGCUACAGCAGCAGCCUCUUCCGCUUCUCUCCUUCUCCUAGCACAGCUCCCCGCAUCCUCUCACCUCCCAAGAUGCACCUUUCGGCUCUGGGGGCAGGGACCUCAGGGGCCCUCAACGGCUUGCAGGCCUCACCAGGACCCUCUCUGAAGAAAGAUGACCUGACCGCCUCCAUCAUGGCAGCAAGGCCCCCUAUGGCAUUGACCCUGGGUCAGCAGCAGGUUGCAGGCUUGGCACGAGCCGCCACGCUGGAGCAGCUGAGAGAAAAACUGGAGACCAGCGGAGGAGAGGGGCCGGAGAGGAAGAUGGCUCGUCUUGCAGAAGAGCAGCAGCGCCUGAUGCAGCAGGCUUUCCAACACAACCUGCUGGCCAUGGCUUCCCAAAUGCCCAUGAACUUGCGCCUGGGAGCCCCCGCCAUCACCACCAGAGAUGAGAAGCAGCAGGACAUGUCUCUGAGCAUCUCAACCAAUGGAAAUGCCAGCAUCACUGUCUCAGUGGAGGUCAAUGGCACAAUCUAUUCAGGAACCCUGUUUGCCCAGAAGUCUGGAGGGGCCCUGGGGCCCGCUGUGUCAGCUGCUGCUGCUUCAGCCUCCCCUGCUGGAACCAGCUCUAGCUUUGGCUUCUCUGCACCCCUGGCUCAGACCCUCAGCCCCACGUCCUCCUCCUCCUCCAAGGGUCCUGGCUCGGCUGAGCCGGCUCCCAGCGGGUCACCCUAACUCAGGCUGCCCCUUGUACCUGUUCCCCAGGCCUCUCUUCCACCGGGAGGCCCAGCAUGAAUAUACAGUACAAUGAGAAACCGAUAAGAAUAACAAACUGUUGCACAACAAAUACCUCAUCGACCCUGUCAACCUCUUGGCUGUCCAAUCAUGAACACAGAGCCCGAGAAUAUAAUAUGACAACACGUGCCCAAACGCACAGCUAUGCAUUUUAAUCAACAUACAAGUACAUACGCACACCACACCACAAACACACACAAUCAUACACAUACAGACACAUAACCUACACAUACAAUCCCAAUGUACAUGCUAAACACAAUCAAGUCAGCCAAAGCCCACUGACAGGUGUAGUCACAACUGAACUUGAAAAGUUUUAUCUUAGGACAUUUUGUUUGUUUGUUGCCAUUUUGUUGUCUUUUUGAUUUUGUGUUUUAGAAUGAUUUUGUUUUUAGUUUUUCUCUUUUUACAUACCUCAAAUCAAGUAACCUGCAGUUGUGUCUUUACCUCAGGAGCUGUAGUAUAUUUAACCUGAAUCAACUUUAUUUUUGUAUUCUUUUUUUGACCUAGUUGCAAUCAGGGGAAGUCGGGUAUCUCUCACCAGUGGAACCUCGUGUACAGAGCACCCACCUCAUAAAAAAAAAAAACAGGCCUCCAACCUGGGCCGCUCAGGUUUCUUUAACAUGCUGUAGCCUCUCACUGAACUCAAACUGGUCAAUGAUGGGAUGCUGUAGAUCAGCACACUAAAUACCUAAUUUCAUCACUCCGCCCUCAGUUCAGAUCAUGUAAAGUCCAUUAGAAUGGCUGGAAGGUUAAAAAUGUACACAAACCUCCCAAUGUGGACGUGAUGUCACCAAACAAAUUAGCAACGUGUGGGAUUUUUUUUAUGUCCAGAGAGAAACUUCAACGUCUUGCAGGUCUGCACAAGCUGUUUUUAAACAAGUAGCGCACAAUUUUUGGGGAAACAGCAACUCUAAUCCACCUCCUGCAGGCCUAGCAGACCCUGAGAUCAUUUUACCUCCCAGUUCCCACCUAUCUAACAGAGAGCUACAGAAUCAGGUUUGAGUUUGUUGUCCUCCAUUUUGUUUGCGCAUCCUUCCUCCAGCUGCAGCCGCAGAGUUGAAUGUCAAUCCCAACAGCGUCAUCAUCAAUACAUAGUCUCUCAGACCUCAUACCGGCCUCUCAGCUCUGGAGGGCGUCUCUCUCAGGAAGCAAUGUGACAACUGCAAGGAAUCACUGUUAAUUUAAAGAAGAAAAAAAAAAAGGAUUCACAACUGAAGAAUGCACAAGUCUACAUGAUGUUUAAGAAUACCUCAUCGGACUCUCUCAAAAGGAGAGCUACUACAUACCUCAUACGGCUGCAAAGCCAUCGAGACUUGACGCCUGAACCCAUGAUGGAAAUCCUACCUGAACCGAAACCGACAAGAACGUACUGACACACUGCUGGUGGAUUUUGGGGACAAACAGAACUGGGAUGGGCUUUCUAUCUCUCUCCUGCAUUUACUUGUAGAACUUGUUUUAUGCUUGCUUCCGUUUUCUUCUUUUUUUUUUUUUUUUUCUUUUUUUUUUUUUUUUUUGAGAUGUUGUCUGAAAAGAGUGAUAUAUCUGCUUUUUUUUUUUUUCCUCAGGGAAGAGGAUAAGACACUGACACUUGUAUUUGUAGAAUUGUUAACAAGACUCAAGGUCGCAGAGGUCAAAAAACAUACAAACAAACGACCACGUAAAGCUUAAAUUUGACUGCGAACACCAAAAAUCGCAGUUAACGUUUUUCACGACAGUGGCGAAAUGAUAUGCAUGUGUACAAUCAUGUGACCAGUGUUUUAACACCUUGAUCCUCUGGUCCACGUUAGCCUCUGGUUAUUGCACAGCUAGAUACCAAAGACUAGCCCAGUCGCUCCUCUUGAAGGAUCCUUGUACAAUCCCGCCCACACCAGCAGGUGGCGCAGUGGGUGGCAAUUAAAAUGAUACAUCUCAUUUAAUUUGAUUUUGAGGGUUUUCUUGAAGCAAGUGAAAAUAUCUUUAGAUGAGGUAAAUUCACCAGUUUCAGGAAAUAAGUGGGAAUAUCUGUUUCAGUGAAUUCAGUUCAUUAUCCUUUUCUUGCUUGAUUCAAGAAAAACUGGAUUUAAAGACUCAAAAUCUUAUUAGAUGACAUGUCUAGAUGGACAUUUUUAAAGGCUAUUAGUAUAUAUAUUUAAAUCCUGCCAUCAAGAGCAGUAGCGCCUGUUGCUGUGGCAUUCUUGAGCUAGCCCCCUAAUUAAAUCUUAACACUCUCCACCACCCACUGUGGACGUGAGCCACUUCAGCCAGUGUGGACAGAGGCCCACAAAUCUGGCCCUUUUAUUUAAAAACCAACUUCCCGAUAAUCCAGAAAGGUAUCAGGUAUUUUUCUCCCUUUAAAGUAAACUUUUAGCAUUUUGAAAUACCACAAAUGAAUUUUCUAGCUUUAUCUGUGUUGAAUGUGGGGCUUUUUAACUGUUUAGAGACCUCUUAAAGCCCAGUGUGAUCAGAGUUGGGCAGCCUUGUUGCUUUUAGUAGACUGUACUUUAGCCAUUACGUGUCAGAUGUUGCAGACGUUUUGCAGUGCAGAUCACAGUUGAGGGAGUGGAGGACUUUGAGGACGGUGCCGUUAGUCCUUUGGUGUACCCUUCAGAACCCUGUAUGACACAUAACUGUAUUUUAUAAACGUGAGAAUUGUAGAUGCCGCCUUAAAGUAGUUGCUGGUGAGAACCGGCCAGUGCAGGUUUCACUACUCGACUGGCUGGGAAAUGUCUCUCUUUCUUCGAGCUUAAACCUUUGGAGAGUAAUCUCUUUUUUUGGGAAACAAAUCAAUCAGAUGUUGAGACACCAGUUGUUGUGUUAACAACAGAGUUUUGCUAUUUAUUUGUUCUGAAUUUUUUUUUUUUUUUCCUGGUGGACCUUUUUAGUAACUAUUAAGCUUGAUCAUUUAGGCUGUGUUACUAAAACAUUUUCUUGUUUUCAAGUCCAAGCUUUCUGUUUCAUCUGCUUAGUCUAAGCAAUGACUGUUUGAUAGUGUAGCUUCACUGCCUUUGUAUGUACAUGUGUGAGUGUGUGUGAGAGCAAGUUCAGUUCAUGGGUGCAGUGUAGUGUCUCAUCUAAACACACAGUAAUACCAUUAAAGAAACUGCAGGUGGCACCACCACCAGGUAAAGGGGAGAAGCUUGCGUUGCAGCCCACACAGAUAUAUUUGACAGCUCAGACAUGAGUGUUGAUAACUUUAUUUUUUGUUUUGUUUUUAACAUUUAUUAAAAGGGGAAUAUUUCCAGCAUCAACCUCCUUUACAUUCAUACAAUUUCAGUGGAGUGGGAAGUGUUGAGGGUUGGUCACUCACGACUUCUCCUCUCUGAUCUCUGGGCUUCAAACUAGCAACCCUCUGACGGCUUCAUCACCCUCCAGACUCCUGUAACCUGACUUGCUGUGUGUGUGUGUGUGUGUGGUUGAGUAUAAAUGAAGUGUUGUGUGUGUGUGUGUGUGUGUGUGUGUGUGUGUGUCUAUUAGAGACCCCCCUACCUCGUCAUACCACAAUACCUCAGGGCAGUGGGCUGCAGUCACUGUUGAGUUUGAUGUUGAAGCUACAUUGAGGGGCGAGUACUGACGGAAACUGCGGUCACUUGGCUGAAUGCUACUUAAGACUGACUUUGGUUUUGGUGUUGCAUUUUUGAUUUUUGUCGUCAGUAACUGCAGGCAAGGUCUCGUCACUCAGGAAGCUGUGAAGUUGGAAGUCUGCAGAAGCUUUUGUCUCUCAGAUGAUUUUGGAGUUAAUUCAGUUUUAAAUUGUUUAAAAACUAACCUGAUCUGUGUAAAAACAGGCGCAUAUGCAAGUGGUUAUCGAAUACCUCAUUUAUCAAUUUUAUGUUGUUGUUUUUGGCUUGUACAAUGCUCCGUAUAUUAAUUGAACUGUGGGGUUUGUGCAUAUUUUUGUACUGUUAUUAUUAUUAUUAGUAUGGACAUGAUAAUAAUGAUAUUACUUAUAUUAUAGUUUUCUCUUUGAUUAAAGCAAACAAAAAAUAGGACAAAACACAUGAAUGCUUGUAAAAACUGGUUUGUGCUGAUUGUAUUUAAGAGGAGCACUUUUCCAAAGUGGUUUUCACACAUUCAGUUUUGUUCAUAUUAGUAAUAUAAAGAUAUGGUUCUCAGGGCUUUAAACUUGUAUGUCAUGAUAAAGUUUUACUUUAUAUCUUAA